GCUACGUGCUUUCUAUGCGACUCAAAGCGGGCGAUUUGAGCGGGCUGUUGCUCUUGUUGACAACCGUGUUGUUUGCUUCUCUCCGAAAGAUUCGCCUGGGUUGAUAUUUCUUUCUCUCUUAAAGUUGCCAUGGAGGAAGGGAUAGCUCGGAAUACGCUAUCGGAGCGUUGUGAUGUAAGCACCUCGCAGAGACGACGGUCUCCUCGGCUGACUUCUCCCCCGGUGGUGAAGCCAGUGGCGGCAGUGAAGCGCUCCUUCGCCGUGAGGAAAAUAGUUCCCAGGAAAACCACCGCACCGUCGGAGCACGACAAAGAGAACACUGAGCGGUGUUCUGGGGUGACUCUCCCGGAGAAGCAGAAUGUUUCCACGCCUGGUUCUGCUCCGUGUCGAAGGCGAUCCUCCGCCGCCAAGAGGCAGGCCGUCAUGCCGUCACCCAUCCUGCCUUCGCCACCGCCGCCACAGCCACACUUGCAGCAGCAGCAGCAGCAGCCUGUUGACCCGGACGACCUGGUGUGGUCCCACAAGGCUCGCCGAUCCUACAGCCGACUCAGCGACAAGUCCUCGCAUAGCCCCGAAUCCAGAAGGACCAUGUUCGGCUUUGAGAAACUGCAAACCCCCGAGGUCGGACAGAGAACCACACGGGUCAGGAAUGGCGUGGAUAUUUCUGGUUCCAUGUCCGGCCUGAGCUCCUUUUCAUCGCUGCUGGAAGCUGAGGAUUGCGGCUACUCCGAACCGGAUCUGAACAUUCCAGGGGUGGCGCUGGUGAAGGAGAAGAAAAGGAGAAAGAAGGUCCAGCAGAUGAAGACCACGGAGCUGGACGCUCUAGCGGCCAGGAUGAACGCAGAGUUCGAGGCGGCGGAAGAGUUCGAGCUGGUGGUGGAGUGAAGGACACAGACUGGAAGAUCCUUCCUGUUUUACUGGACACUUUCUGGAAACAAAUAAGAAUAUUUCCAUUCAUCGUUCUUUUAAAAAGGUUUAACUGAUCAUAUAUAUUGAUCCCAUAUUUUUCAUCAAUAGAACGUUGUGUUGUCAACCAGUUUUCAUUAUACUCCAUAUGAUUGUUGGUUUUGCUGUCAUGUUAAUGUGGAGGUUUGUUUGUGUUUGUGAUCUGACAAAACAAGCUGAAAGUUGAUUUUAAUGACGUGGAUUCGUUCCCGUUGGACUGGAGUAAUGACUGUGACCAUGUGACCGGCCAAGUUCAUUUAUGAGUGACUAAUAAAUUCAGCUGUAGUUUGACCCACUCAUUGUUGAUUGGCUGAAAUCUAGUUCACUCUUGGAAAUGGUACUGAAAGCGUUCAAACUGAAGAGA